CCGGUGCGCAACAUGUCUCUGCAGCAGCUACGGGAUGAGAGUGACUUCGAUCAGCUCCCCCACAACAUCCCUGUUAGUGCCACCAUUGCUGACAUCGAGGAGAAGAAAGGCUUUAUAGACUACUUUAGGUUUGUGGUUGAGGUGAAGACUAAAGGAGGGAGCAAGUAUUUGAUCUACAGGAGGUACAGGGAGUUUUUCAACCUCCACCAAGUCCUGGAGGCCAGAUACGCCCCAGAGGACCCGGACAGACCUGGUCCCAACACCUGCACCCUGCCCUCCCUUCCAGGAAAAAUCUACAUUGGAAACAAGCAAGAGAUUGCAGAGGGCAGAAUUCCUGAACUCAACACGUACAUGAAGAGGUUGCUUGGUCUGCCAACAUGGCUGUUGCUUGACGAAACUCUCAGGAUGUUCUUCUACCAGACGGAGCAGGAUAGUCAACACCAGCCACAAGCCCUCAGGCGCCUCCGCCCACCCACCCGCAAAGUGAAAACCGUUCAGCAACCAAAAAUGGACAUUUUCUCCUCCCCCAGGGCUGAGGUGAUGUUUGACUUUCGUGGCAACGGCAAGGCAGAGUUGAACCUGAAGAGGGGAGAAGUGAUCUUCCUGCUACGCAGAGUCAACGCCGACUGGCUGGAGGGCACAGUGAACAAUCAGACCGGCAUUUUCCCAGAGUCCUUUGUGAAGAUUAUUAAACCCCUCCCAGAAAGUGAGGUAGAAGGUGAUGGUGGGCGCUACACGUACAGCUGCCUCCGCUGCUUCCUGCUCACCCCCUCUGGAGUCGACACCAGAGAUGUGUGUGUACAAGAGGACCUCACCAUCCAGCCAUCGUACAUGGAGUUACUGGCCCGAAUGAGAGAGGUUUUCAAGGUGGAUGAUAUUGCCCUGAACUACCGCGACCCUGAAGGGGACCUUAUCCGUAUACUCAGCAAUGAGGAUGUCCAGCUGAUGAUAAAGGAGGGUAGGGGUCAGCGGGGCAAAGUCAAGAGGCCCGUCAAUCAGUUUCCAUGGGAACUGCAUGUGACCAUGGCUUCUGACUUUUCCGUUUACGGCAGCGAAGCCUGA